AUGUCACAUUCACCCUCCCCGUCCAUGAGCAAAACCACCAAGGACACUUUUCAGCAUGUCGAAGAUAAAGCCUUAGCUGAGAGUUACAUCAAUGUGGGCACUGAUUAUGCCAACAACGUAAAUGCAAAAAUUCGCAAUCCCCUGGCCGGAAUCCCCAAACCCGAGCUGCUAGCCGAUGUCGCCGCUUUCUGUAAGAAGGCCGGACUCGACGAUAAGGUAUCGGUCUUCCAGAAGGGAGCUCUGGUUGCCCAAAAUCCAGACGGAUUUGAAGAUAUAGAAGAACUGGAGGAGGAUGAUAAGAUCCCGAUUCGCCGCGAGAAAACUCAUAAAUGGCAUUUGCCCUGGGCGUUGUAUUUCAGUGUUGCAGUCUGCUCUCUUGGCUCGGCCAUUCAGGGAUGGGACAAUACGGGGGCAAAUGGAGCUAAUUUAUCCUUUCCACUGGAGUUCGGCAUUGAGAAUAAUACCUGGCUUGUGGGUUUCGUCAAUGCUGCGCCAGGAAUCUCCGGUCUUAUGAGUACAUGGGUGGCGGAUCCAAUGAAUAAUUGGGUGGGCCGCAGAGGUGUGAUAUUCAUUACUGGCCUCUUCGUCAUCUUUCCAGUACUCGGACAAGCAUUUACCCAUAACUGGUGGAGCUUGCUAAUUUGCCGGUUGCUUAUGGGAUUCGGCAUGGGGAUCAAGACAACUACCAUCCCUAUCAUGACUUCUGAGAUCGUCCCAGCUGUCAUCCGUGGCGGGCUCGUGAUGAGCUUCCAGCUUUUUGUUGCCCUUGGAAUCCUUAUCGGUUUCUGUUCCAAUCUCGUGUUUUAUCGUGUUGGAGACCUUGCAUGGCGAUAUCAGCUUGCAGCAGCAUUCGCUCCAGCAGUACCAAUCGUGAUCCUAAUUUGGUUUUGCCCCGAAUCUCCGCGUUGGCUCCUCAAGAAACAUCGCUAUAGUGACUCAUUCCGAUCGUUUUGUCGGCUGCGGAAUUCGGAGGUUAUUGCCGCUCGAGAUCUGUACUACGCAUAUUGCCAAGUCAUCGAGGAGGAACAUGCGUUUGGAGGCACGACACUGCUGCGACGCGCCAAAGAGAUAUUCACAAUCCCCCGAAUUCGUCGUGCCAAUCUUGGCGGUGCAAUCGUAAUGAUUGCUCAGCAGUUCUCGGGUAUAAACAUUAUGUCAUUCUACUCGUCCACGAUCUUCAAGGAAGCAGGAUCGAAUACGCUACAAACGCUUCUUUCUUCCUUUGGGUUUGGUCUUGUCAAUUUUAUCUUUGCCUUCCCCGCCAUUUGGACCAUUGAUACGUUUGGUCGCCGGAAUCUCCUACUCUUUACCUUCCCAAAUAUGGCAUGGUGUUUGAUUGCUGGCGGAUGCUGCUUUCUCCUACCGACAGAGAAUAGCGCUCGUCUACCACUCAUCGCAUUCUUUAUCUACCUUUUCACAGCACUGUAUUCGCCCGGUAUCGGCCCUGUUCCUAAUGUGUACGCUUCUGAGUGUUUUCCGUUAUCUCAUCGAGAGAUCGGAGUCGGCUUCUCUAUCUUCAUCAAUAAUACACUUUCAAGCAUCCUCGGCUUGACAUUCCCGUCGAUCCUAAGUGGCAUGGGACCCACAGGCGCAUUUGGUUUCUACGCUGGUUUGAAUAUGUUAGCUUUUGUGAUCAUCUUCUUCUUCUUACCGGAAACAAAACAACGUACACUCGAAGAGCUGGAUUAUAUUUUUGGCGUCCCUACAAGACGUCACGCUGCAUAUCAAACCCGUACUUGGCUGCCGUGGUUCAUUAAGCGCUAUGUUUUCUUCCAGCGCAAUGCCCACCUCGAACCACUGUAUCAUCUAGAGGGGUUUUCUCAAGGUACAGCCGUCGAACAUAUGGCUGUUCAUUAA